CGUCCGCACCCGGUCUGGACGUGCAGAUCACAAUUGCCGAAGUCUUGGACGAGGUGUUGCGGUUCUCAAAGACGAACACAAAAUCUUCAAUAGCACUUUUGGUGCAACUCUGUACAGAGCUCAGCCGUAACCGGAGUCCGGGGUUCGACUUCGACGACGCGAUGUCUGGACAUCUAGCGGCGCUGCUCGGAGCGGUGGGGGGGGAGAUGAUGGAGCUCGUCCUGAAACUGUCCCGGGUGUUCGUGGACACUCUACGGAGAAUCGAGGGAGUGAGUCAGUCCGUUGAGGGACUGGUGGAUAGGACAAAAGGCAGCGAAGGUUCCGGCCUGACCGUCCUGCUACAGGAAGAACUAGUCCUGAGGGCUGGUCGGGAAGAUCGCUUUGUUUUAGGGUCGUGGAAAGAACAGGAUGUGGUCGUGGUGCAGCAAAAAGAAUUCUCGAUCGAUGGUCUGAAGGCGACUUUCGGACGCCUGGCCAACUGGGAGUCCAUGAGGGAGCAGGACAGGGAGAGGGAGGCCUCGUGCUGUCCCCCUCUGUGGACCGACUUCGAGCAUCUUCAGCGCCGUCUGCAAGAAUACGAGAUCGACUCGGAUACGUGGUUCGAUAGGAUGCUGCUACUCCAUCGGGGGGAGAGGAUCCGUGACAGUGUGGUGUGGCAGAGAGAGGCCGCGCGCUGGCCACGGAGGCAAUUCGUGCUGUCGUGUAUGGCUGAAGCCAUCGAGUGGAAGUGCAGCGAGGACAUCGGCGACCUGUACUCCUGCGUCAGGAUCUCGGGGUCCGACUGCCUGGCGGAGUGGGCGGGGCGACUCAUGCUCAGGUGCGCGCAGGGGGUGGCGGGGGGCGCGGGGGCGGCGGAGCUGCGCUGGGCGGGGGGGGCCGCCCGCGCCGCUCUGUGGGGACACGUCUCCGCCUGCGUCGAGCGGGCCAGGGGACAGAUCUUGAACGACGCUGACGUUCCUAAAUUUCUGCUGUUGAACCUCAAAAUGAAGAGGGAGAUGGCCACCGGUGCGAGUGGCAAGCUGGACGAGCUUCUGACUAAAGCAGAGCGACACGCUCCCGUCGUGUUGGAGCACGCGUCUGAUGAAGAGUUCUACGGUAUCAACGAGAUGCUUCUGAGGAUAAGAAGCGACUUGGGCACUAUGAACCAAGCUUCCAUGGACGCCGUGCUGCAGACCGUGGACAGGAGGCUGCAGCGGGGCGGGGCGGUGUCUCCGGACAGCAGGCGCGCCCUGGACUCCAUGUACGAGAUGUACUUCGUUUACUACAACCACUUGUGGACCGAAAGCGAUGAUGAACGAAGAAAAGAAAUAUUUUUGUGGAUGCUGGAUGUGAUGGUACAGGCGGCCCGCGCGCACACGGUCCGACUUGGCGCGCUCGUGGCGGCCGCGUGCGACCGGCUGCCGGAUUCGGCGCCGGACAACGUGCUGGAGAAGUUGGAGCUGGCGUUCCCCGCGCUGCAGGACUGGCACAGGACCGAGCUGGUCUCCCGCCUGCGACGUUCGGCGUCGGCCCUCCGCAACUACAAGCAUUUGUCCUCUCAACUCGAGUUCGAGGGGCGAGCAGAGACGUUUAAGCGCCGCUUGCGGUUGGUGUGCGACCCGGAGUACACGCUGGUGAUGUACUGCGGCGACCUGCUAGAGGCCGCUACUCGAGCCGACCCAAGCCAGUGGAAGAUGAUCUUCGACAGGGUGAAGUCGGAUAUGUAUGAUGGCGGCGGGGGCCCGGAGUAUCUGCUGUUGGAAAACUACAAGAGCGCUCUGUUCGAUAUAGAGGACUAUGAGAACAGUGACACUGAAACAAAGAUCAGGACUCUGCGUCGCGUACAGGAGGGGGCGGGUAGGGGGGGGUACCGCCCGACGCUCCGCCUGUCGCAGCUGUGCGGGGGGUUGGGGGCGGAGCCCGCGGCGGGCGAUUGCGUGUCCGCCGUGCUACAGCUGCCGCCCGGCGUCACCGUUGUGGAGUUCUACGAAGAGGUCUCCGUGAUGCCCAGCAUCCGCAGACCCUGCAUGGUACGGGCGCUGCUCAGCAGCGGGGUCACCCGGCGCUGGCUUGUGAAGCGAGACCAGCUGCUGCACGACCGCGCCGCCAGCCGCCUGCUGCCCGCCGCCGCUAUACCGGGGANGACGAACCACGGGGCUCCGACGGUUCGCAACAAUUUUCGUUGCUAUUACUUGUUGCACACUGUUGAUGCAUUAUUAAAUUUGUCAACGUUCCAAGAGCUGUGCUGCACGAGUGAAGACUUCAUCAGGAGGAAGAAACGGUUCCAAGACUCCUUGGCCACGAUCACAAUCUUCAACUGGAUAUUCGGUGUUACUUGA